CUCUCUCAGGUAGAAUUUAUGUUCCCUUCGUUUUGAGUGUCUUCGUCUGUAUCAGAUCGUUUUCCGUGAAUUGUUAAGUGGAAAAGGUAGCUUCAGUAUGUCGAAGGCUCCUCCAGGUUCAUACCCAAAGCAGGGUGUAGGAUACCCAACUCAGCAGCCAGCAUACCCAACCCAACCUCAGCCCAUGCAGUAUCCACUGCAGGGACAGUUUGCAAGUGCUGCUGCAGGUGGACAAAUGUAUGGUGUCCCACCUCCUCCAUACAGCGAAAUGCCAAUAUCAGGACAUGCCCCCCAACAAGCUCCUAGUGGAAUGUACAAUCCUCAACUGCAGAUGCAGCAGUAUCCUGGUAUGACUGCUGGAGGACACUAUCCCAGGCAACAGUAUCCUGUGGGACAAUACCCUGCACAAGGUCCCCCACAACAACUGGUCCAUGGUGCCUUUGACCCAGGUGCAAGGUUUGGACCUGGAUCAUCAGUGAAUAUUCCACCCCCUCCACCAGGAUAUGCCCCCAAUACAGCUCAGGCAUUGGCUUCUCAAGGUCAGCCUGUGAAUGUUCAACAACGACAAGCUGGGUGGUUCAGUGGAGGAACAGGCGGGGGAUAUACCUUUUGGUAAACCUCUGUCAUUCAGCUGUCUGUACUGUACUCUGCUGUUAAUUAGUGAAAAUCAUUAGAAUUUAACUCAUGCUAACACAAUAAGUUUCACUGAAGUCAAUGUUGUCUUAAUGAAGAAAUCUCUGUAUACCUUGACAAAUUUGUUACCCAGUUCUGCUGAGUUCAUUUCCCAUUCUUGCUCUUGAGCAUUACCUAUUGAAAGAACUGGAAUUAAUGGUCAGCUAAAAAUUCCAUAGUUAAGGGCAUUCAAAACCAACUACAACAGUAAAUUUUGGAGAUUUUUUAAAAAUUAGGAAAAAUGGGUGACCUCUGAAAUAUUGGCUGUUAAGUUCCACCAUGGAAUUUUACUUGCGUCAUGAUAUUUUUGGUUCCUUCUGUUUGGUUUUGUUGCAGUUUAUUUACUUAUCGUUUACAAGCACCAUUGAAUUUGAA